AGUUGGCAGCGCCGUUGCACAUAAUUUGGUGAAUUGCAUUUAUACUUUGUACGAAAGACACAAGCAAAACUCUACCCACACAAAACACCUGUUCCAAAUCAAACAAUGGAGUCCUCCGCGAGCCUGGCCGACAAGCUGGCCUCGAAAACGGCCAGCAACAACUCACUGGACAGCAGCUCCAAGUCCAGUUCGCUGGGCUCGAAGCACGGACAGAAUGGGGUUCUGCGGGACACGCCCUUCGCCUAUCUGGACGGCGAGGAGGACCAGGACCAGAAGAACGACGUCACCUAUGUGUGUCCAUAUCGCGGGCCUGUCUUCGGUGCCUUAACCAUCACCAACUACCGCCUGUACUUCCGUUCGCUGCCGCUGCGGGACCAGGAGCCGCCCGUAGUGGUAGACGUGCCGCUGGGCGUAAUAGCCCGAGUCGAGAAGAUCGGUGGUGCCACGUCGCGAGGAGAGAAUUCGUACGGCAUCGAGAUCUUCUGCAAGGACAUGCGCAACCUGCGGUUUGCCCACAAACAGCAGAAUCACUCUCGCCGGACGGUGUUUGAGAAGUUGCAGACAAACGCGUUUCCUCUGUCCUACAGCGGGCGGCUCUUUGCCUUCGCCCAUGCGGCGGCGGCCAGUGCCGUGAAUGGCGGCAGCAGUGGCUGGGACGGAUGGGCCGUCUACGAGCCGCUGGCAGAACUACGACGCCUUGGCGUUCCGAACGAUAUGUGGCGGGCCACCAAGUUGAACGAGUCCUACACCAUUUGCGACAGUUAUCCGGCCGUUUGGGCUGUGCCCAAGGCAGCCUCUGAUGAUUUUCUGCGUCGCGUGGCGCAGUUUCGGUCCCGUUGUCGUCUCCCGGUCCUGUCCUGGAUGAAUCCCCGGACGCAAGCUACUAUAACGCGUUGCUCCCAGCCCUUGGUGGGAGUGAGCGGCAAGCGCAACGCCGAUGAUGAGACCUAUCUUAGCUACAUCAUGGAGGCCAACGCUCAGUCGGAUAAACUGACGAUUAUGGAUGCGCGGCCCAGCGCCAAUGCCAUUGCCAACAAGGCGAAGGGCGGCGGCUACGAGUCGGAGGACGCGUACAAGAACGUGGAAAUCAAUUUCCUGGACAUACACAACAUUCACGUGAUGCGAGAGAGCCUGCGCAAGGUUAAGGAAGCCUGCUUUCCGACGACCGACGACUCCAAGUGGCAGACGGCCAUCGAUAACACACUGUGGCUAAAGCACAUCAGGUGCAUCUUGGCUGGCGCCGUUAGGAUUGUGGACAAGGUGGAGACUAUGAGCACAUCAGUUGUUGUCCACUGCUCGGAUGGGUGGGAUCGCACUGCCCAACUCACGGCCCUGUCCAUGCUGCUGCUGGAUCCCCACUAUCGCACAGUCCGUGGCUUUGAGGUGCUCAUUGAGAAGGAGUGGCUCUCCUUCGGCCACAAGUUCCAGCAACGCAUCGGUCACGGCGACAAUAAGCACUCGGAUGCUGAUCGAUCGCCGGUGUUCCUGCAAUUCAUCGACAGCGUCUGGCAGGUCAGUCAGCAGUUCAACAACGCAUUUGAGUUCAACGAGCACUUCCUCAUUACCAUAGUGGAUCACCUCUACUCCUGCCGGUUUGGCACAUUCCUCUGCAACACGGAGGCCGAACGGGUCACCGAAGAUUUGAAGCACAAGACCACCUCAUUGUGGACACACAUCAACUCUUCGCUGGAUCAGUAUUUGAAUCCCCUAUUUCCCUCGUUCACGCAGGGGGCGGAGCUAGUGCUGCGCCCCAUCGCCAGUGUGCGAGCCCUGCGGCUGUGGAAGGGCCUCUACUGUCGCUGGAAUCCGGGUCUGUGCGUCCCCCAGCAUGGCUGCCAACGCACCCGGGAGCUGCUUUCCAAGCAGGACCAGCUCUUCAAGCAUGUCAACGAGCUGAGGCUGAAAUCAAAUAACCGGAGCAACAGCAUGCAGACGACAACAAGAUUGGCAUCGCCAAUGCACUAAUAGUAUUCCUUCUACUUUCCCUUAUGUAUACACAAAAUAUAUAUGAAAUUAACAUUUAUAUUUCAGUUAACGCUAUUAUUUAAACUAAGUUAUAUAUCUAUAUAUCUAGGUUUGUUUCUGCAAUAAACUAAACUUGUAUGUUUUCUAAGCAUGA